UUACCUUGGUGAUUGGCUAAUGAUUAGGGACGCGGUGUUUCAUGGGAAAAUAAAGUUGUUCGCAAUCACAACAAGUACGCAGCCAGUGGGCUGACCCUGGACAGUUCUAUCGGGGAGAAGAUGUCAAGCUUUCCAGCCUCUACAUCGAAGAGUUUGAGCUCCACUCCCCUGAAGACUUACCGAGACAGUAGCCGGGAGCUGCGCCGGUCAAAGAGCGUGGACUGUGACUCUACAGAUGACUCCACCUACUCUCUGCUCUCCCCUAUCUACCACGACAGCUAUGUGAGUGAAGAUGACCAGGCUGGAGCUCACAACAUUCAUCAGAUAGACACCUCAGCUACACAGAGUGAGGAUGCUAGACCCCUCUCACCCAUCAGAAACGCUCCACCACAGAAGCCCCCAAAGGCAACAACAGUGACUGUGGCGGAGGAGGAUCCAGAGGCGUCACUCUCAGCCUGGGAGAGGUGGCUGGUCUGCAAAGCCAAAGAGGAGCGACUGAGAAUAGAAAAGAAAGCAGAAGAGGAGCGCCUACUGAGGGAGAGGAAGGACAAACAGGAGAGAGAGCAGCAGAAGAAGAAGAUGGCGGUGGAAGAAAAGAUCCAGGAGUGGUUGCAGAUGAAGAAAGAACAGGAAAAGCUAGAUAAAUUACUGAAGGAGAACAAGGAGCAGGAGGAGAGGCAGACACAACUGCAGAAGCAAAGAGAGAUCAAACAGAAAGCAGAGGAGAAGUACAAAGAGUGGCUGCGAAGAAAGAACCUGGAGAAAAUGGAGAGAGAGAAGAAAGAGAAGGAGGCGGCGGCCAGAAGAGAGGCUCAGGAGAGGGAGCGCAGACGCAGAGCAGAGGAACACUUUAAGGAAUGGCUCCGUUCCCAAAACAAGAACCGACCCGGUCCCAAUGCUUCCAGCUACCCACAAGGUGGCUAUGACAACGUAACGCCCGGCUUCUACAACCCAAUCCCAUGGAAACCCAUCCACGUGCCGCCGCCGGAGAAACCGCCGGUGAAGAAGACCUCCCGCAGAAAACAGCCCGGUCAGCCCAGGUAUCACAGGGGCCUUGGCAUCCCCUUCAAAUCGGGAGGCGCCGUGAGCUCUUCAGCUCGCCUGCAGAGGAGAUGACCGCCCGGUGGAUGUUCAUGGUGGACACAGGUCUGGGGUCAGAGCUACAGGAUUAUCCUCAGAUCUAAACAGGGGGAAAACCACCAAAACUGACUGUGGGCCUGUUUUGGGGCAUCAUGGUACUGAUAGACAACACAAAGGAGGUGAUCAUGCGGCUGUAUAUUGGGCUUGGGCCUGGUCCUAUUGUGGCCGCUGAACCAUCACUAAACUAAAUAAUUUCUUUUGGAAAAAGAAGAGUUGCUGUAGCUUUUGUUUUUUGUAGAUGUUUCUAAUGAUUCUAGGUACUUCCUUUUCAGCAUCUUGAAUUUCAUGAUCUGUGAAGUUAGAACGUUUUUUUACCUUUGCUGCCAUCCAAUGAUGAGUACAUUUCUGUUCAGGAUGUCAAUAAAUACGGACUUUAUUGUA